AAGGAAAACCAUAGAGCCUUUCUUUCCCAUCAGAAAAAUUACGGCAAUACGACGAACGACGAAGGGAGUGCGUUGCAUCGAGAAAUUCUUUUCAGAUCUCUUUUCUCGUCGGACUUUCCUUUCUCCGGCGACCCCAUUGCCUUUCUUCUUCCAUUUCUUGGAACUCGUGAUCUUCUUUUGGCGGAAACUUGGUUAUUGGUAGUGGUGGCCCCAUUAUUCCCAAUUUUCAUUGGGCAAUCAGAUUUAUGAUUGAUUCUUGCUGUUUUUGUUUUCUAUUGCCGCUCGUUUGAAUUUUGGAUUGCAACCCAAUUCGGGCGGGAGUUUGUGGGAACCCUUUGAUUUAAUCCGAGCGAACCUAUUGUCUGCGGUGUGUUUGCGAGGUAGAAAUGACGAUUUCGGAGAAUACGAAGGGUCUGGUUCUAGCUAUGGCGUCCAGUGCGUUUAUUGGGUCGAGUUUUAUCUUGAAGAAGAAGGGACUUAAGCGUGCCGGAGCUACAGGGGCCAGAGCAGGAAGCAAGGGGAGUUUCUUUCAGGGCAAUUGAGCUUUUAAACGUAUGGAAGCUUUGGCUUUAAGGGUUGGGAUUGGGCUCUCCAAUAAGAUCUUGGAUUCAGAACACCAUGAGCCAUCUUUUGGAUGUCAGAUGGAAGCUUUAGGGGGCUGGGAUAUGAGGUGUUGGCGGUUAUACAUACCUGUUAGAGCCACUUUGGUGGGCAGGCAUGAUCACAAUGAUUAUCGGAGAGAUUGCAAACUUUGUAGCAUAUAUUUAUGCCCCAGCAGUUUUAGUCACACCCCUUGGUGCACUGAGUAUUAUUGUCAGUGCUGUUUUAGCCCAUUUCUUAUUGAGGGAGAGGCUACAGAAAAUGGGUGUUGUAGGGUGUUUAUCUUGUAUUGUAGGAUCAGUUAUAAUAGUUAUCCAUGCACCACAGGAACGUACUCCUGAUUCUGUUGAAGAGAUUUGGGAUUUAGCAACUCAACCAGCUUUUCUAGUCUACAUUGCUGCUAUAGCUUCGUUAGUUUUGGCUCUUAUGUUGUAUUUCGAACCUCGUUAUGGGCAUGUAAACAUACUGGUCUACUUGGGAAUCUGUUCUCUAAUGGGCUCAUUGACGGUUAUGAGUAUUAAAGCUAUUGGAAUAGCGAUAAGGCUUACGCUUGACGGGGUAAGCCAAGUAGCUUACCCUCAAACUUGGCUUUUUGUCACAGUUGCAGUAGUCUGUGUCAUCACACAACUAAAUUACUUAAAUAAGGCAUUGGAUACAUUCAAUGCAGCCCUUGUAUCUCCCGUAUAUUAUGCCAUGUUCACGACAUUGACUAUUAUUGCUAGUGCUAUCAUGUUUAAGGACUGGUCAGGCCAGAAUGCGAGCACCAUAGUCUCUGAAUUAUGCGGAUUCAUUACCGUCCUUUCUGGAACUAUUAUUCUUCACUCAACCAGAGAACAGCAACCGGUCUCCUCACAAGGAUCUGUGGCAUGGUAUAUUAGCGGGGAUUCAAUGAAAGGUAUUGAAGAACAUUUGAUCACCAUAAGCAAUUCACAUUACACUGAAGAAUGAGCAUUCUGUUGUGAUCGUUAUUUGGAAGGCAAUGGAAUGGUCUUAAAUGCAACUUUAAAGGAUACUCAUACUGGAAGAAUGAGUACAUUGCCCGAUUUUAUAUCGGGACAUUGGCAUGUCGGUCAUGGUCUUGUCAAGACUCGAGCGGUCCUGUCCCCUCCACUGCUGCCAAAAGGUUUAGUGUUGAAACUCGAGCUGCUCGAUCUGGUAAGGAUCUUUAUUGAUAGAAUGGUGUGUUGGGGCGGGGGGCGGGGUUGUAUUCCCAUGCUGGUUCCAGCAUGAAUAGUAUAGCCUGUGCCAUAUGUAAAUUAUAGGUUAUAACAUUCAUUCAUUUGAGACCUCUAAUUUAUCCUUUUAUAAAAGGAAAUCUUUAGUCA